CUUAUAUAAUUAGACUUUUAAAGAAAUCUGCAUAAAGUAAUAAUAAUAUAUAAACAUAUACCAAAAAAUGUUAAAAAAUAAGAGAGAUCAAUUUAAAAAUAUUGUUGAGUCUAAAAAACUAAAACAUAUAAAGAGUGUCGGGCGAAUAUUUUUAUCCGAACCAUUUGUAUCUAUUAAUUAUAAAAAUGUUAUAUCGCAUCGAAAGAUUAAAUCUGAAGCAAUAAUUGAUUCUAAUAUAAAUUAUGAUGAUCUAUGUGGUCCUUGGUUUUGUACAUAUAAUCCAAUACAUGAUCAUUAUGAUUUAUUAGUUCCUAAAUUAUGCGUUUGGGAAUUUAUUUCAUUUAAAGAUAUAGCUUUUGUAAAAGAACAUCAACAAGAUAAAGAUGUUAUUUUAUCGUUUUUCAAAUCUAAAUUUUCUAAAUAUAUUUUCGAGGAGAGAAACGAUAUUUUCCCAAAAAUCGUGUGGGAAAUUUUUGAAAUUACUAGAGAUAAUUUAUUCAGUAUAAAAUGCGUUUUUGCAUCAAUAGGAUUAUUUUAUUUAACGCAUCGCUAUUUUCUUUCCAAUUUAUGGUACACAAUGGAAGAUACAUAUAACUUUUUUUGCAGUACUUUACUUUUACAUACCGUUUUGGUUAGUCGUUUGUAUUCAUAUGAGUGUAUGCUAUUAGAAUAGAAUAUAUCAGUAUAUGUAUCAUUAAACGUUGUUAUUACGAAUUGGUUUUAUGAAAAAACCAAACGUAAAUUAUUUUAUCUUAAUGUAUCUUUAUAUGUAUUAUUCAUAUUUAGAAUCCACCUAAGUCUGAUGAGAUAUUUAAUUUAGACGAAUGCAAAUUAUUAUUCGAAGUCUUUCAUACAGUGUAUAUGGAAAAUCUUGCAUUACUUCGACUUGCUUGCUUACCACGUUAUAAUCUUAAAAUGAGUUUAGACGGUGUAACCACUUAUCUAGCAGCAUGACUUAUCAUCUUUGUACUAUUUAUAAAUCCAUUGAUAAUUAAGAAAAAUAAAGUAAUUCUUUUUA